UACAAAAAGUUCUGUAUAUUUUUUAGAAUUACAUAGCAUUAGGUGUAGGUAUCGUACACUUUUAAAAUGCAAAAUUCGAAAAGAAAACUGGAAGAAGAUGAUGAAAAUGAAAACGGAAGUGGUUUAAAACUAUUACGUAGUUUAACUCACAAAGACCACUCAAAACGAUUGAUUGUUGUACUUGCCAAUGCUAGUCUUGAAACAGUAAAGGUUGCAAAGUCAUUUGAACUGCUAAACUGCGACAAACAUAAAUCUAUUUUAAAAAAGAACAACCGUGAUCCAGGCUCUUGUAGACCUGACAUAACGCAUCAGUGUCUUCUUAUGCUAAUGGACAGCCCAUUGAACAGAGCUGGUUUAUUGCAAGUUUACAUUGAAACUGCGAAAAACGUUUUAAUUGAAAUUAAUCCACAAACCAGAAUUCCAAGAACUUUUGACAGAUUUUGUGGCUUAAUGGUGCAGCUUCUACAUAAGCUUAGCAUUAGAGGUGCUGAUGCCCCUGUAAAGUUAUUGAAGGUCAUAAAAGGCCCAGUUUCAAAUCACUUUCCUGCCGGUUGCCAAAGAAUUGGAACUUCUUACUCUGUGUCUGAUAUUGUUGAUGUAAGAGAUUUGGUACCUCCUGAUAAACCAAUAGUAUUCGUGGUCGGUGCAAUGGCCCAUGGCGCAAUUAAAGAAACCUACACAGAGAAAACUGUCUCUAUCAGCAGUUACCCGCUUUCUGCUGCUUUAACUUGCACAAAGCUGUGCUCUGCUUUUGAAGAAAAAUGGGGCAUAUUGUGACCUGCCAUGUUGUCCUUUUUAUCUUUUAAUGCGAGGAACAGAAACUUGGCAAUUUUAAAACCGGGUGCUCUGGAAUAAAGUUGUAGUGCUUUUACUCUUUCCAAAGCAAUAUUUGUUUGAAAUCAGUGGAUGUGAUCAGCAUUUCAAAACAAAUCUUAAUAGAAGUCACUUCAACCUUGCAGAGUGGAUUACAUGCAUUUGCGCACAUUUGUGAAAUAAAUGCAUUACUACAGUCUAUAAAGCUCCACCAAA